GCCACAGUCGUCACUGCUGCGGCCGCUCGUCGCCCCGGAGCACACCGGGAGUUGUAGUUUUUCGGACUCGCUCUUUACUGGCCUGACUAAGCCGUCUUUCGUGGCUUAAACUACAAUUCCCAGGAGGCCUAGCGACACCUCUCGCGCGGCGUGGCGGGAGUGUCCACGGAGGCUACGCUUUCUUCGGCGGCGUGUAGAGGGAGCUUUCCCGCGGAUGGGUAUGGUGGUGAUCAAUGGUGAACAACUUCGUUGCCACAGAAAGGCCUAGAGGCUGUCAUGACAGAUUCUGAAUGACAACUUUCAACUUAGAGCUUUCAAGAAGUCCAGAAUAUUUCAAAGGAAUCUGUGUAUUGGAAUGAGCAAUAGCAAGAUCCAUGUCUGGCAGGCAGAAAUACCAAAAGAAAAUUAAGGGAUAUAACAUGCAGAGCUGCUGGAACAAAGGGAAUGUGGAAAUGAAAGAGAGAGGGAGAGAGAGGCUGGCAGAUGUAAUGAGACGCGGUGAAGGUGUACGCAGACGGGCACUCCCACGCCUCCUCCCUUCGGCUCUCACUGCAGCCCUGGGUAACUCGCAGGCUAACACAAACAGCUUUUCUCCCGCAGCCUGCCCUCUGUCACUGUCACUUUCAUGAAUUCAAAGGCGAUUUACCAGUGACUUCUGGGUGCUGGGGUGAUCCUCGUGUGUAAUUACAUUCUUUAACUUCUGAUGAGAAGAAUGUCUUCCAAGCAAGCCACCUCUCCAUUUGCCUGUACAGCUGAUGGAGAGGAAACAAUGACCCAGGAUUUGACCUCAAGGGAGAAGGAAGAGGGCAGUGAUCAACAUGCGGCCUCCCAUCUGCCUCUGCACCCCAUAAUGCACAACAAACCUCACUCCGAGGAGCUACCAACGCUUGUCAAUACCAUUCAACAAGAUGCUGACUGGGACAGCGUUCUGUCAUCUCAGCAAAGAAUGGAGUCAGAGAAUAAUAAGUUAUGUUCCCUAUAUUCCUUCCGAAAUACGUCUACCUCACCACAUAAGCCUGACGAAGGGAGUCGGGAGCGCGAGAUAAUGAACAGUGUUACUUUUGGAACCCCAGAACGCCGCAAAGGGAGCCUUGCCGAUGUGGUGGAUACGCUGAAGCAGAAGAAGCUGGAGGAGAUGACUCGGUCCGAACAAGAGGAUUCCUCCUGCAUGGAAAAACUACUUUCAAAAGAUUGGAAGGAAAAAAUGGAAAGACUAAAUACGAGUGAACUUCUUGGAGAAAUCAAAGGUACACCUGAGAGCCUAGCGGAGAAGGAGCGACAACUCUCCACCAUGAUUACCCAGCUCAUCAGCUUGCGGGAGCAGCUCCUGGCAGCGCAUGAUGAACAGAAAAAGCUGGCAGCCUCACAGAUCGAGAAACAGCGGCAGCAAAUGGACCUUGCUCGCCAACAACAAGAACAGAUCGCAAGACAACAGCAGCAACUUCUUCAGCAGCAGCACAAGAUUAAUCUCCUGCAGCAACAGAUCCAGGGUGAAGUCCUUGUGCUGCCAGAUUCUUAUGCUUCCAGAGUUCUGGGAAUCUUAAGGAUUGAAGCUGACAGCCACGGGAAGAUUAACACCACUGUAGUGAACCCUUGGCAUAGUUGCUGUCUCUCCAUGCAACACAGGUUUGGCCUUUUAGACACUGCUGGUUUUGUCAGUGACAUGAUCAGCCUGCAGCAAUCAGUCUCCAGAGCCCGAGAAAGAACACGUUUUGAGAACUUGGGACCCCAGUUAACAGGGAAGUCAGGUGAAGAUGGGAAGCUGGGCCCAGGCGUCAUCGAUCUCACUCGGCCCGAAGAUGCAGAGGGAAGCAAAGCAGUGAACGGCUCUGCAGCUAAACUACAGCAGUAUUAUUGUUGGCCAACAGGAGGCGCCACUGUGGCUGAAGCACGCGUCUACAGGGAUGCCCGCGGCCGCGCCAGCAGCGAGCCUCACAUCAAGCGACCAAUGAAUGCGUUCAUGGUUUGGGCGAAGGACGAAAGGAGGAAAAUUCUUCAGGCUUUCCCUGACAUGCAUAACUCCAACAUUAGCAAAAUCUUAGGAUCUCGCUGGAAAUCCAUGUCCAACCAGGAGAAGCAACCUUACUAUGAAGAACAGGCCCGGCUAAGCAAAAUCCACCUAGAGAAGUACCCAAAUUACAAGUACAAACCCCGGCCGAAGCGCACGUGCAUCGUGGAUGGCAAGAAGCUCCGGAUUGGGGAGUACAAGCAACUGAUGCGCUCCCGGAGGCAGGAGAUGCGACAGUUCUUCACUGUGGGGCAACAGCCUCAGAUUCCCAUCACCACAGGAACAGGUGUUGUGUAUCCUGGUGCUAUUACUAUGGCAACGACCACACCAUCACCUCAGAUGACAUCUGACUGCUCUAGCACCUCUGCCAGCCCAGAGCCCAGCCUCCCUGUCAUCCAGAGCACGUAUGGUAUGAAGAUGGACGGCGCAAGCCUGGCUGGGAACGACAUGAUUAAUGGAGAGGAUGAAAUGGAAGCCUAUGACGACUACGAAGAUGAUCCCAAAUCAGACUAUAGCAGUGAAAAUGAGGCCCCAGAGCCUGUCAGUGCCAACUGAGGAGCUUUUGUUUGCUGAAUUAAAACACUCUGACAUUUCACUCCCUUUCCCCAACAACAACAACCAAGUUCUUAAAGAGCCCGCAUGCAUUUGUGGCUCCACCGUACAUCAGCAGAGUGGUCUUAAUCGCUUCGUAACGUGUGAGACAGAAAAUUACGUUUUCCUGAGUUUUCAUAAACUUGAGUUUUUGUCGUUACCGUUACUGUUGUUGUUUAUUUAGGUGAAGACGUAUUAAAUAUGAGACACCGGGACUUGGAAACUUAUCUCCGCCCAUCGCCGUCUUUCAAGUCUUACAUUUCUGUCUUACUAUUUUUCUUUGGGAUGUUGACAAAGGGUUUAAGUUACUGUUUUAGAUGGGGUUAAACAUUCUCACUCAGGUAUGCUGUGCCGGCUACAGGUUGUGAAUGUGUUUUUAUUCUGAAUUACUUUAGAAAACAACUGAGGAUUUCAUAUUGUGAAACCGGACAAGUCCACGGCGUGUGCGGCUGCGUAUAGAACAUGUUCAAAAGGCCUCGGAAUUCCAUUUUUUUUUUCCAUGUGUAGAAUUCAACUUUGAAUGUGCCAAACCUUUUUUCAUAACUUUUGAAUCUUGACUAUUUUGAAAGUCUUACAGGAGACACUGCAAAGUCUUAGACAAUCUUUGGCAUCUUAAAAUAAAAUAGCAAACCACAUUUUUUUUUUCCAGAAAAUGGUGAAGUACUCAGGAAUCUGGAGACAAGAUAUUGUAAGGAAUGAGCAAGGCUGCCACAGUGCGUGACCCCAAUUGUGUUUGCCUCUUGACGUGCCAUCAGUGUGUGGCGUGGGAUGACAUGCACCAGAGUGAUCACCACACCAGACACCGACACGGUGGUCUCCCCUGCCUGAGACCACCUUUCACUACAUCCAUUCUCCCCUUGCCUUUCACCCUGACAUUCAAUCUUAACACAUUGUUCUCUUAAAUAAUUUAUUCAUUCCAGAAUGUCAAGGGUCCACUUACUAUUUAUUUUAAAAAUUAUUGGUGGCAUUAAUUUAAUAAUUUUUCUUUUUGCCCUCCUUGCCCUUUCACCUACUUUUCCUGCUGGAUACAAAAGAUGUACAUAGCAAUCUCAUGUCCCCAGAGCCCUGGAAACAUUCUGAAGUGAUUCUAGUAAAUAUUGUUGUUCUUAAAGAUGAGUGUAUAUCUGGCUGCAGGCUUGUGCAUCUGGGUCAAGGAGUCUUACAUGGAAACAUGUAUGCCCCUGUGAGUCACUGUGACCUCAGUUUCUCCCUCAUCAGUUCUCAGCAAACAGUAGAACCUGAGUUCCAUUCAGCAGUGAAGGUCAGCAGUGGUCACUGCCAAUCAAGGAGCCUCUGGCAGCCACUCUGAAGCCCAAGGGCCAUAGGCCACACUAGGGGUCUAUAGUGGAGCUGGCAUGCUGUCACCUUUACUGAGCAACCUGGUCCCGGCUAGCACAUCCAUGGAGAUCUUUGCAAAAUUUCCAGGAUGUUAAAAGCCUCAACGCAAAGACAAGGGUAAAAGGAAACCACAGGGAGGUGAAGUAUGAGGGUGCUGCUAGCCAGUAGGACAGAUAGCUUCUGGGGCAGCCCACGAGCUCCUCUGGCAGACUUUAUUUCUCAGUGGCUGCUUGUAAAUGGAGUGAUCUGCUCUUGUCACUCAAGGGGAGCUCUGGAGACAUGCCGCUGGGCUGGAUGUAUUGAGGCUCCCUCUCCCAUCUCCUAACUACAAGCAGUUCUACUAUGUUGUAACUUUAACCUUCCUGAACCCAGGCCUGGUUGCUUACAGGGAUCCUUACCCAGAGCCCCUCAGUGGGAGCAAAUCAGUGAACAGGACAGCCCAGAAUCUGAGCAUCAGGGCAAAGAACAGCUCCAUCACAUUUUUUCCGAGCCAUUUUGUCACUUGAGAAAAAGUAGUAGAACUUCAUAUUUAUUUCAAGAGUGCUCCAGGCCAUGCCUAAUAGCAAUAAACAGGUCUAGCCAAGAGAUGACCAGCUGUGUCAUUACCUGUGAGUGCUCUCCAGAAGCUGUUUAAGGUACUGAUAGGAAUGUUUGUUCUUAAUAUUGAUUUGGGGAUUGGAACUUUGUUCUUGUACAUUGAUUUCAGAUGAGGAGGAGGUCACUUUUCAAAAACAAAAUGAGUAUUUAUUAUGUCUUACUGAUUUCCUGGACUCUGUCUCCUCCUCCACUCCUCCUCAUGUUUCUCCCUCUUCUUUGGCUUCUGCUCUCACUGGUAUGUUCGUUUUCGUUUCGUUUUGUUUUUUUAAAUUGUGCUGCAUAGGUAGAGCGUUAUAUGGCUAGUGUUGUAUUGUAUGUAAAUUAAUUUUGCACAAAGGCAAACAUUUAGCAUAGUAGUUAAUUUUGUUUGUUUUUAUGACCAUGCCAAAAUAAUAUUCUGGGCUGGUGGAGAACAAAGGACUGUUCUUUAAGAUUGAAACUUGAUUUGCUUGUAGUAAAAAAAAAAAAAAAGAAAAAGAAAAAGAAAGGAAGAAAGGAAGAAAGAAAAACAAACAAACAAAAAAACCACACACACUCACAGAUGCUGGUUUCGUAAGUGUUACAAGCACUGGAUAUAAAUGGUAUUUUUAUCACUGACUAAUGUGAAACUGGUAUGGAAACUACAUGAACAAAAGUCAUCUGUUUCGACUCGUGUGGGCUUGCCUCACAGUUGCCGGAUCUGAGUCAUUUUUAUGUCUUGUUAUUUCAUUUAUUUAUGUAAAAUACACGUGUGUAGGAACUUCUUGUUAGCUCCAGCUCUGCCUCGGCACUGGGUCCAGGAACUUCUAGCCAUGUUCUCAAACACAAAGGCUGUCUGGGAAUGAUCAGUGUGAAUGCCUCUCAUUGGUUUCAGACAGUGAUGCUGUAUUCUAAUCUAAAUUUUGUGCAUACACAGUUUAUUCUAUUUAUUAGCCACAUUUGGCUCUAAAUAUCCAUGGGAAUGGAGAAUGACAAUCACAGAGAUCACUUACAUCAGUGGGGCUUAAACAAAGUUUUUAUGACUUCACCAUCUCAUUUUUAGAGUUUUCUAAUUGUGUAAAUAUAACAUAGAAAUAGAAUUUAUUUUUGGUUCAUGAAUUCCUAGUGACAUAUAAGUUAUGUGUCUUCUUUCUGUUCUCUAUCCAUAUGUGUUGCUCCACACUAAAAGCUGACCAGUCACAUUUAGUGUGGACAGAGAGUUAUCAGCUCCAGUGAGGCAGUGUUCAUCCUCAGCCAAGACAGCAGGACCCCUACCUGUUCUCAUGUGGUCCAGAACCCACUGGUCCCCCACCUCAGACUCCUCCCUCUUUCCUUAUAGAAAGCUGAGGAGUUGCACACACUCAGUUUCCAGCAGAGCGAAGAGAAAGUCAGUUAGCUUGUGAAUCCAGAUCCAUCUCCCCAGAUAGUUCUGUGGCCCUGUAAUGGCAAGAAGCAGGAGUUUUGUUUUAGAGGUAAAGAUCUGCUGAUAAGAUUAGUAUUGACCUCACGGUACCAGUCAAGGGGGUUCCGAAGUCAUCUUCCUGCACCAUUCCCUCUUUUACACUAGCUUUAAAUCAAAACCCAAGUUCGUCUCCAUGAAAGAACUCAUAGGAUCAGGCUUUUCUUUGUCAACUGGAAAUAGUGCUGUUGUUAGACAGUCCUCUUAUUAAUGAAUGACCUCUAUGGAAUAGGAAGGAAGGAAGAGAGGAAGGACUAAGGGGACAGAGAGAGAGAAGGUCCUUCCAUGGACAUGUGAAGCCUGGUUGGCAAUUUCUCUUCCUCACUGGCAAAUUCCAGGCCAUGUUGUUGUUUUCACAAACACUCUCUCAGCCUUUCGGGUUUGCCUCAUUUGGUAUUUGAUACCUUCUAGCCUGUCCUGGGCCUGAAUUCCUUCGCCAAGGCCUGACACAGACUCCCAGGCCAUGUUCUAAAUUCAGGUGUGGGCUUGCAGAGCUAUUCUGCUUGUCAAAUGCUGGCCUCCUCUGGCCAUUAGCCCUAUGGGAGCCCGGAGUGCUAAAGAAGGGGUCAUCGAUCCCUCUAGAGCUGAAACCAGGCUGCAGUAAAGCCAGGCUGUAUCUCCAGUACACAACCUCCUGAGCCUGGAGCUCAGCAAUUAGGGAUGAGCACCUUCCUCAGUUGAAACAUGGCCUGGCCACACUGAUGCCACCCAGGAGGUUGCUCUUCUCUCAUCAUUCAUUUUCAGUAAGUUGACUUUACCAGUUCCUUAGGGAAAAGAAACGAGAAUUCCUUCAUCGUUUUGAGCCAUAGAAGUCCUGUACCAAGUGCCAACAACUGCAAAGAGACGUGUCUAGAGGAACAGACUGACAUGAUGGCGGGGUCUGCCUCUUACCUAAGAAAGCCUUGCCUGCUGUCCACAUUUCCUCCAAGGGCUGGGCUGGCACUUGAGCUCAUUCUGAAAGUAGAAUGACAGUGUUGACCUUACCGGUCUCACUUGCACUGCAUUUUUUUAGGUCCUCUACCCCUGACACGGCUUCUUCGUAAGCAGCUAUUCCUCCUGCCAAUCACAUUGUUUCUGAUGCCACAUACUCUUGAUCAGGGCUCUGCACAUCAAAAAUAGAUUGAAAAUCAUGGUAUGUAAGCAAAGUUCUUUUUUGUCCCCAUCCCAUCAUUUCCAAACGCUUAUAACCUGGCACUGGGGAUGCUCGAGGGCAGAGAUGGAGUGACUGGGGAAGGGCUGAAAAAGUAAGGCUUCCUGCAGAUUCCCUUCUAUUGACAAAGGAGUUGGAGGCAGGCGGUAGGUGAUGUUCCUUGCUGGUGUCUUAGUUCCACGGAAGUGCAGGCAUAGAGCAGGGCUUCAGUGUGGGCACCCUUGGAGUCUGGGGAAUGUGCAAAUACCCUCAUCAUUGCUGCACAUUGCAGGUCUGCUGGUGAGUACCCUCCACUGUCUUCCUUCCUUCGUCAUAUGUGCGCUCGCUCGCUCACUCACUUGCUAGCUAGCUCUCUAACGCGAUCUUCAUUGUGUCCUCCAGCUUGUAGACAUCAGGAUGUUUAGGGCUUGUUCUGGCUCAUUCUUGUACUUGCCACGUACAAUUUUGAAUUACCCUAUACAAGCCUCUAAGCUGUUACUGCAUAACUUACCUUACUGUAACUCUUUUCUUUGCCUACAUUGUAAUUUGUUUGUGAUAUAUAUUGUGAGAUUGUAUUCUAUGUUAAUUUAAUCAGCACAACUCACUGACAUGCUGGACUGACAUGCUGGCUGCUGUUUUGAAGUGUAAAGCUUGUGUAGGGCUGUCCGGACAACUCCAACUCUGUUGUCAAGGUACUGUGCAUUGGUUCCCAUAGCAACACUGUGGGUGUGACCCUUUAGACUCUAGGGAUAUUCAGCACACCCUCCAGCAAAUUUUAAGUGCAGAUUUUCUUUAUUGAAAUUCUAUGAAUACCACAGGUACCUACUUGGCCCAUGGCUGGUAACUAUUUUGGGCAAUUAGAAAAAAACAAACAAGCAUUAAAAAACUAGUGUCUAUUGCUGCUUUGAAUAUGUUUGAAAGUCUGAAAAUGUAAAUAGUUUAUCAAAAAAAAAUCUUGUACAGUCCAGUGUAAAGUUUUUAAAUGACCUGAAGGGUUACCAUCACAGCUUUCGCACACUCUCCUCUGGAUAGUGAAAAAAAGAAGUUUGCUAAGGACUUAAAGAGAUGGGAAAUUGGAAUCGAAAGGAGUGGAUCACGGCCCUUAGCUUUGUCGCAUACACAGACCUCUUGGAUCUUGUUGGACAGUAUUGGCAUGAGACAACCUCAGCAUGGAACACCCUCCAGUGGAACUUCUCCAGGGCUUUCCUGCUCUGCCUCACCGUUAAGGGAAAAGAUGAGAGAGAAAGGCGUGCCGUCUUUGUCUAUCCUGGAAUAUGUUGGCACCUGAGCUACUUUCCCCUCUUUGCACAAGGUGCUUUCCUGAUAUGUGUUAGACAUGCCAUCCUUGGGUGAUAAUGUAUAUGCCACGAUGGGGCUCAGGCCCACGGGGGAGUGUCUAUAGGAACUGCCUAUUUAUGCUCAUUUACCUCAAGACUGUCCUCUACCCUGAACUAGCUGUCAUCACUCCAUCUUUUGUACUGCUGUUGACACUUACCAAUUAAAGAUAAAUUUUGUUUUAUGA